AUGCGCAGCAGGUUAAGAAGUAUCUUAGUAGGCGUUUGUGGUACCCUAGCGACACUCUUCUUGAGCGUGUCUGGUGAAGCCUGUCCAGUUUAUCUUACUAUCUCGGCGUACUCCCGCACCAUCGAAGAUGCACCGUUGGUAAUCAAUUGGGGUCCCGGAUGCGAGAGUCCUCCCGAUUGGAUUGGGCUAUACACAGAAAAUCCGGCGUUAUCGAACGCUCCACCGAUCGCCAAAGUGCUGGUUAACGGAGAGCCUACCGGGCAUGUGAUAAGUGCGGUGAAAUUUGGCCACCAGAAGCUACCGGGGGGUUGGAGCUACGAGCAGGUUCUGCAGCACAUUCCGAAGCGUAAAACCAAGCCCAUCUGUUUCGACUUCUACCUCACGAGCUACGAUGCGACCGGUCAUCUGCAGUACUUCGACUGCCUAAAAAUACAACCCGCCUGGAUGUUUGCCGAGCCCAGCCUGGGCAACAUGUCGCUCAAGGAUCUGUUCCUACCGGGGACACACUGCUCCGGCUGCUACCAGACGCGCACCAACGGCGGCAAUGUUGUGCUGAAAAAGAUUGGCUUCCGCCAGAGCCUGGACAUCUGGAGUCAGCUCGUGUUUGGCGUGCGCUAUCUGGACUUCUCCGUCGGCUACUAUCCGUCGCACAACGGGACGCGUAACUUUUGGAUCAUGAACGAACACUUCCGCGUGGCCUCACUCGUGCCGAUCCUCCAGGACAUCCGUCGGUUCGUGAUACUGUCGGAGGAGACCGUAUUCCUAGACUUCCGACGUUUCCCUCUCGGGUUCCACAACCAUCCCGAGCAGCAUGUGGUGCUGCUGGCGCUGCUCGAGCAGGAACUCGGCGAUCUAGUCUACCGGAGACAUUUGCUUUCUACAUCCGAAGAGCCGGCAGAGGAACGUGCCAGCGCUGGCGAAUACGAUGCGGAUGGGGAAUCUUACGAUCUAACCAUCGGAGACAUGCGCCGAGAGGGAAAGUACAUACUUAUCACCUACAAUCAUGAGGCCAGCUUAAAUGCGUAG